GCGGGCACCAUUUCGGCUGAGCCGAGGUGCGCUUUAGACGCGUGCGCAACAGCUGCAGAGGGCUUCUUCAGAUGUUCUUCUGCUCCUUGGGCAAGGGGAGGAAAAAACGGCUCGUGUUCACGUCAAACCAACUGACUUGGUGACUGUGAUCAAGGCACGGGCGCCGAAUCGGCUACCAUGGCGGGGAAUUAGGCAGAGAGCCGCAUCGGGCUUUUUCCAAUUAGCCGACGCCGUGAGACGCAGCGAUUUUUUUUCUAACAACUUUAAACUAUGCUUUGCUGCUUUAGAGGAAAACAUUAACUCGCUCGGAAUUUGCGAUUUAGUUGCGAGAGAGCGAGGUGGGGGGAGACCAGAGCGAGACUGCAUCCCGCUGUUGACAGAGACACCACUUGUGUGCCGCCGUCGCAACUGUGCCAAAGAGAGGGAGUCUCUUUUUUUGUAAGCCACCGGGGAGGACUCGACCGGCAUAUCAAUCAGCGUCCCGGGGAGCACCGGCGAGGAAAAGGCAUCGGAGUGUGUGGGGAGGUUGGAAGAGGGAUAUGGCACUUUUCACGUUUUGAAGCAGCGUGGACGACUACAGACAGUAAGAAACAAAUGUAAAAAAAAGACCCUCCCCCCGUCUUGCCACUGGUGCGCACCGGCGAGGAGGCGCAAGAGACCCGCAGGAUCAUCGAUUCGUACUUUGAGAUCUUGCGCUGCUGCUGCUUGUGUGACAGGACCAGACGGAGAGGGGACGGUGUAACGGAGGGAUUACCGGGUGCGUCUUCUCCCAUACCAACCGAAAGAUUCACAUACCUUUGGAACCAUGACCGCCAGGAUAUUGUUUUGGCUCGGUUGUUCUGUGGCGUUCUUUGCCGGGCUGUUGUGCGCUUCGACAACGGCCACGGCGGGGAUUGAUCUCCCCACUACCGGUUUCAGCAGCGUGAACGGUGGAGACGGCGGCGGCGGUGGCACGAGCGGGGAAACAGGCAGCAAACGGGACUCGAACCAAACCAUAAACUCCAGACUCAAGAGGAAAACCCUGGCAGUGGAUUUUGCGGUCCCGUCUCUGUUGCGCUAUUACCUGGCGGAGUUCAUAAAAAGACCCCUGGACGUCGACUGCCAGGGUUCCACUGGGUGCUACACGGUACGCGCAAACUUAAAAAUGCAUUGCAUACCCUUGCAGAAGACCGUAUCCACUUUUGCGGACUCGGCGCUGAGGAACGCGUCCCCCGAAGGACAGCUGCCCUUUUCCCACCCGCGGCCGCUGUCCAAAGUUCUGAAACUGGGCUUGACGAAAGCCAGCAGGAAAUCAAACCAAGUCGUUGUGGAAAUAGGAGAGGAUCUAGUGCGAACCGGGUGCGGGGAUUUGUCCGUGCACGAGGAUGCCCCGGGACUCGACCUGGAAAUGGACCUCACAACUAUUCUGGAGUGGUGGCUCGGUGCGGAGGGAGGGCGGCUGCGGGUCCGGCUCAUGCCCGAGAAAAAGGCCCAGGUUCCCGGUAUGGAGGAUCGCUACACCGCGGCCAUACGCGCCGCAGAUCCGCGCCUCUUCCUCCAGAUAUCCUCCGGGGGUGAACUGUUGGCUGGCAGGCCUGCUGCUGGCAUUACUCGAGGGUACUGGAGCUUCUCCUGGGUGGCCGAGGACGACCUGAGCUUUCCCAACAACUCUGUGCCGAUGUCAGAUCCCCGGUGCCCUGGCAGUACCAGAACAUGUGACCAGCAUUUGCAGGGUACCCCGGAGUUCACCUGGAGCAUAGUGGCUGCCGAGAACAUGCGGGAGGAAAGGAACGAAAACAGCGAGAAGAAGGCAAGAAGCCCCCAGGGGUGGGAGGAAGGUCAGUUUUUCUGGGUGAACAGCUCUGCCUUUGGUGGCCCCUGGGUGCUGAGUCCUUGGCUGUGGGGGGGGCAGGGCCCCUGUAGCCUAGACAUGGCUGUGUUCCUCCAUCCCAAGCAAAGUGGGCAGUACACCUUAUGGCUCAUAGAGCGGGACAAACCGCCACUCGGCCUCUUCUCCACUGACACGCUUCCGCGCAUCACAGGCUGGGCGGUGGUCCACCUCACCCUGGGGACGCACGCAGGGUCCCCCUUCAGGGUCUCCGCCAGCUACGAUCAGCGGAUUCCGCAGGAUGACACGGCCACCAUCGAGCCCCACUUCACCACCAACUGCACCAUGGCGUCCUCGCCCGGCCCUAACGUCACCCUGGAGGGCCAGUACCACUGUCUGCAGGGCCCUGGGAUCCCACUGGACAAACUGUGCGACUUCAGCGCCGACUGCCCACUCGGCGACGACGAAGGCGACCUCUGCCGCACCUUUCUCAAUGGCAGCUACUGCUCCUUUGAAGAGGGCGAGUGCGGCUGGCACUCAGUAGCUGGACGCGGUCCCUCCUGGAGAAGACUGCGGGCGCCAGCCAAGGCCACCAGAACCAGCUGCCCGCCAUCAGGUGCCACCUUCAGUGUGGAAGGAGGCCAGUCCAAAGGCCAGCGCAGCGCAGCCAUACUGAGGAGCCCUCUCUUUCCCCCUCCCCUGAGAAACUCCCCCUGCACGGUGCGAUUCUGGCUGUGCUCUGGAGGCUUGCAGCAGAGGUCGUUGUCUCUGUGGAUAGCUUCGAACGGAACAGGAGCCAAGGAGCAGCGCAGACUGUGGCAUCUAGUCAGCAAACCCGUGUCCGAAUAUGGCUGGAAAGUUGUCAGAAUUCCCCUUUACGGGCUGGCAGACUGGUUUUGGCUGCAGUUCAGCGCAGAAGAUGGACCUGGACCCGGUUCAGCUAUUACUAUAGACAACAUCUCUUUCAGUAUGGACUGCUUCCUGGCAUCCAACGGUGAGUUUCCACCUGUGUUCACCAGCUCAACCAGGCUGCCCUUCAGACCGACCGUCAGGACCAUGCUCCCGUCCAUCGGAAGUCCUUUGAUGAACCUCCCCAACACAGAUUCCUUCAAAAAAUGGACUUUUCAUACCUGCGGGGCUGUGGGCCCAGAAGGCCCCACUCCCACCCAAUGCCUCAACUCCUACAGGAAGAGCAACGUCAACGUGACCGUAGGCACCCGGGGGCCCUUCAAAGGCAUUCAAAUGUGGCAGAUCCCCAAAACCGGCUCCUACAGGGUCACAGCCUACGGGGCAGCCGGGGGUCGGAGCGUGCUGGCCAUGAGCAGGUCACAUGGUGUCUGCAUCACAGGGGACUUCCUGCUUCGGAGGGGCGAGCUGCUUUACAUCUUGGUGGGACAGCAAGGAGAGGACGCCUGCCCCAACUCCAACGGCAUGCUGAAUCGGAUCUGCCUCGAACAGAGCGGCCCGAUGGUGAACAAAACCCAAGUGAAAGGGGGCGGAGGAGGAGGGGGCGGCGCCACCUAUGUGUUCAAGGUGGACAAAGGAGUGUACAUCCCCCUCAUCAUCGCUGCUGGGGGAGGCGGCCGGGGUUACAGCAGCCUAUCAGAGACCCAGCUGGAGCAGAUGGACUAUGACCCCAGCCAACCGGGGCGCAGCGGGAAGUCAAACGCUGCAGGAGGCGGCGGCGGCUGGAAUGACAGGACUCCGGUCAGUCAGGGGGGCAGGCCGCUGGUGCUCGGAGGCCAGGGGGGGCAGGCCUGUCAGAAGUUCUGGCAGACCCGCGGCGGCUUCGGGGGCGGCGGAGGUGGCUGUAUGUCGGGGGGCGCCGGCGGAGGCUACAGAGGCGGUAACACCUCCGUGGAUAACAACCCCAAACACGACGGGGACGACGGCACCUCCUUCCUGGGUCCCGAGGGACAGCCCUUCCUCUACCCGCUGAAAGCUGUGGAGGGGGACGGCGAGGUGGUCAUCAGUCCGGUGCAGAACUGCAGCCACUGCGAGAGCGACGAAUGCCACGAGACCAAAGGCGGCAUCGUCUGCUACUGCGAUGAAGACCUGGUCCUGGACCCGAACGGGGUGUCCUGCAUCAACGCCACAGUGGUGUCCUCGCUGCAUCCACAGCCGACUCUCUCCCACCUGGCGCUGGGUCUGUCCGUGGGCACCUCCGCCCUCAUCGCCGCCCUGCUGCUGACUGUGUCCGGGGUCAUGAUCAUGUACAGACGUAAACACACAGAGCUGCAGUCUAUCCAGCUGGAGCUGCAGAGUCCAGACUGUAAGCUCAGCAAGCUGCGGGCGUCCACCAUCAUGACCGACUACAACCCAAACUACUGCUUCGCCGGCAAGACGGCGUCGGUCAACGACCUGAAGGAAGUGCCGCGCCGCAACAUCUCCCUCACCAGGGGCCUGGGGCACGGUGCUUUUGGUGAGGUGUAUGAAGGGCUGGCCGUGGCGAUACCGGGGGAACCGAGCCCCCUGCAAGUGGCAGUCAAGACCCUUCCUGAGGUUUGCUCGGAGCAGGACGAAUUGGACUUCCUCAUGGAGGCUCUGAUUAUCAGCAAGUUCAGCCACCAGAACAUCGUGCGCUGCGUGGGCGUCAGUCUGCAGGCCAUGCCCAGGUUCAUCCUGUUGGAGCUGAUGACCGGAGGAGACCUCAAGUCUUUCCUCAGGGAGACGCGACCCCGGCUGGAGCACCCGUCCAGUCUGACCAUGGUGGAUCUUCUCAAUGUGGCCAGAGACAUCGCUAAGGGCUGCCAGUAUCUGGAGGAGAACCAAUUUAUACACAGGGACAUUGCAGCUCGGAAUUGCCUGCUGACCUGCAAAGGGCCGGGCCGCGUCGCCAAGAUUGGGGAUUUCGGGAUGGCUCGAGAUAUUUACAGAGCGAGCUAUUACAGGAAGGGGGGGCGCGCCAUGCUGCCUGUGAAGUGGAUGCCACCGGAGGCCUUCAUGGAGGGGAUCUUCACAUCUAAAACAGACACGUGGUCGUUUGGCGUUCUGCUGUGGGAGAUCUUCUCGUUGGGCUACAUGCCGUAUCCAAGUCGCAGUAACCAGGAAGUGUUGGAGUUCGUAACCAACGGUGGAAGAAUGGACCCGCCAAAGAACUGCCCCGGGCCGGUGUACCGUAUAAUGACUCAGAGUUGGCAGCAUCAGCCUGAAGACAGGCCCAACUUCUCAACCAUCCUGGAGAGAAUCGACUACUGCUUACAGGACCCUGAUGUGGUGACUAUGCCCCUGCCUGAAGAGUAUGGACCCAUCCCCGAAGAGGAGGAGCGAGUACCCAUGCGGCCUGAAGACUCCUCAGAACCGACCGUGCAGCUGAAUGCCCAGUUCUGUAAUGGAUGUUCCCCGCCGCCCCAUCCUAUCUACUUGAUGACAGCAGCAAGAGAUGGGGAGCACACGGUGAACAGCACAGCAUCCGACAAAGAACAGACGUCUGCACAGUCCCAGCCGUACCUCCACCAGAACCAGCCCCACACGCAGACCUCCGUCACUAUGACAACCACCAACGCGUCAACCUCGAUGGCCAACUCCACACUCAAUUCCAAGGGGUCACACGUCGCCGCUCAGCCCGGCCCUGAGGGGGGCCACAUCACCCUGGCGUUCACCCAGGGCCACGUGCCAGAGAGAGACGCCCACAACGGGAAAAACACCAGCCUCUGGAACCCAACGUACGGCUCGUGGUUCCUGCAGCAGAGGAAGCAGCAGCAGAGGCAGGGAGGGGUGGGGGGAGUGUGCAGGAGCGGAGGCAGGGUGCCUGGCGAGGGGCAGGAGCAUGUGGGCCGGACUGUGGCCGAGGUGGCGGGGGCGCUUGGGCUCCAGCACCAGCACAAGCAGUUCCAGCAGCAGCAGCAUCAACUCCAGCAGCAGCACCAACUCCAGAUGCUGCACCAGCAGCAGCAGCAGCAGCAGCAGGGGUUUUGCAGACCUCUGUUACCUCCGCCCCCACCUCCCGCUGCCCAGUCGCCCUUGCUUUUGGAUUCCGCCACCCUGCCCCCGGUUCCCCUCUACAGACUGAGACGGUUCCCCUGUGGGAACAUCGGCUACGGCUACCAAGAGCAGGGCCUGCAACUGGAGGCCACUCACGGUAACCCCAACCGCCCUCCUGCACCGCCCCAGCAGGGCAUCGCCAUGCCCUCCUCAGCAGCCCAUCAGAGGGGGGUCUCCAUUCCCGCCUCGGUGUCCCUGGGUCGGUCGGGUCUGUCCGAGGACAGCCGUCCACUGCUGGUCACCAUGGGGACCGUACAGGACCCCAGGCUGCCCAGGAUGGAGGGCCACAACGCCACUGUGCUUUAGCCCCGUGCCUGCGCCGCUGCUCUUGGUUUAUACAGACCCCGUCUUUGGCGUCUUUGGGACACACGAGAGGACACACCGCGUCAGGACUGAGGCGGUUUUACAGCACUCCUUCCGUCCAGCCAUUUUAGUUUCUUCCUCCAUUUCUCACGAAAAAAAGCUGAACGAGUCCAUGAGAAACCUGGAGGUGAGUUAACAAUCCCCGAAGGAUGCUGAAGCACAUCGGAACAAAAAAAAGAAAAGACUUCUGACGGGUAAAGGCUGGUUCAAAAAAUGUAUUUUUUCAAUGCUGGAAGGAUCACAUGAGUGAGACAAUCUGAUGGAGAGUUGAAGGCACAGACGAGGACAUUCAGCGUGUGUCCCAGUGAGCGGAGGAUCCUUGUUUGACUUCAGUAGGACUGCAGCUACUGAGGGUCUGAUGUGUGAGCGUCACACUGCAGCGUGCUGAAGAACUCGUAUCACACGGAUUUUACACUGGAUUGCCAGAGACAUUUAUACAAAAAAAAUGUUUGUUGAUGUUUGCUUGCCUGCUUGUUUAUUUAUUAUUUGGAAGUGGCUCUAUGAAUUAUUCAUGAAGAUGCUUCUUCAAAUCAAAUACAUUUUACAUCAACGGCUUUUUGUUUUCUUUGAGAAGAAUCAAUUUAUCUUGGUAAUAAGGAAGAAGAGAUUGAAUAAACUCCUCCCAAAUACUCAACCUUAAAUAACCUGAUGGUUUACACACAACAGGGAGCAGGAAAUGAUCUGUGUUUUUUAAGGUGAACAUGUUCUAGUUAUAACGCAAACCAAAUUAGCCUGCCAUGAAGAUGUUGCCGCUGUUUCCAUUGAAUUCACUGCUCUGCAGACCUUUUGUUCACAGCUCCAUUCUGUUGAAAGAAUGCUUUGUACAGUGAAGUUGAGCCAUUUCUUAUAGCUUCAAUAACCUUUCAUCAAUUUCUUUGUUCAAAAAAAUAAAACCUCUCUUUUCUUUUUGUCAGGAUAUAGAAACACGGUGGAUAUUGCUGAAUAAAUCCUAACCUUCAAAUGCCUCUCAAAGCACUCUACAUGCCAACAGUUGCAUAUUUUAUCUUUUCUAUUAUAGGACUGUUGUGGAAUACAGAUGAGACUUUGUUAAAGGUUUGACUGCAAACUGCUUUUUACUCCACGUGGGAAUGAAACCCUCUGAGCGCGCGCGCACACACACACACACACACACACACGAUACCACUGCUUUUUUCCAGGUUUAGGGGCAGUUUGUGAACAGGAAAGCAGCGUGAGUCGGCGCUGUUGACAUUUAGGUUGUAUGAUAACGUGUCAGGUUUUUUUUAAUGCUUUUGCUUGACUGUAUUUGGCAAUCCUGUUAGUGUUUCUGGUGUAAAGUGACUACAAGCCGCCGUGACCCAUUAAGACAAACGCAUUCCUGUGGGCCAGGAGAGUCAAACACUGGCAAAAUUAAAAAAGUAUUUUGCUUGUUCAACGUUCACUCAUUCUGUGUCCAGCUCCCGUUCAUCUACAUUGUUUGAUGUGAAAAGCCAACCUGUACAUGUUGUAAUUAUAAAGUAUUGUACUAUGGCUCUGGUAAAAGCUGUAAAUUGCCCUUCAGAAGACAUUCGCCAAAAUUAAUAAAUUACUAUAUAAUAGCC